AUGUUGGCAGAUGAAAGGACAGAUAUCGAGGAAGGAGAGCUACUGGAAAGUUGGGCCCAUUUUGAGUCCAUGCUCAAAGAGCACUUCCAAGAUACAUUCAAAGAAGAAAGAGCCAAGUACGAGAUAAUGUACUUGACACAAGGAACUCUCACAGCACAAGAGUAUUUUGUUAAAUUCAAAGCAACACGAAGACGUGCAGGAUACAAUAUAAAAAGGAAUGAACAAUUCCUAAUUACGUUAAUCAGAAACAAUAUCAACGGACCCCUGAUAAAACAAAUCAUUUACUCAGGGAACAUCCCGAAAACAUAUGUCAAAUAG